UUUCUUCCUUUUGUUUUUCCUUUCAAAGCGGUGCUGGUAGCAACCGAACAGUCCAUUUGACGCCCCGGUAGGCCGCAGCCUUCCCCGAGUCGCCGACACCUGUCCCGAGGCCAGCAGCAGCAGAGGCGUGCCAGACUCCUGUGAACCAGUCCGAGCUGGAGGAGCAAUUCUGCCGAGCAGCCGCCAAGGUCCUCGCAGCGGCCGAGGGGCAGACCACCGUCCGAUCGCUGGCCGCACAUGCCGACUUGGCGCCUCUGCUGGCGAAGAUGGGGGAGGAUCGCCCCAAGGUGUCCAAGCUGCUCCGUGACAGGCCCGCGAGCUUCGCCUUCCUGGGCAGUGGCCCGGCGGCCUCCGUGGUCACGCUGAUCCAGAAGACGCAGGCGCCCAGCGAGCAGACGGAGUCCUGCGACGCGGGGACUUUGGUGCAGAUGGGCUUCGAUGAGGCAGCCGCACGCAAGGCCCUGCAGGCCAAUGGGCAUCGCCUCAUCGAGGCCUUGGAGCAACUCGCCGAGCAGGCCCAGGUGGACGAGCCGAUCGAACACCCAGCGCCGCUUGUGAAGCCGGAAACCGAGCCCGGCGACUUGGAGAAGGUUCUGGCCUUGUCCCAGCAAGAGGAGGAGCGCAGGCGAAAGCAGCAAGAGAUGGAGGAAGAGAUGCUGCGCAUGACGCUGGCGGCGUCCCAGGCUCAGCCAACCAAGUCGGCUGACGGUGAGGAGGAGCUGUCGCGCGUGCUGAAGGAGUCCUUGCAGCUGGCGGAGGAGCGGCAACGGCAGGCGCUGCGCGAGGAGGAGGAGAUCCAAGCGGCGCUGAAGCAUUCCCAGGAUCUGGAAGAAGAGGAGCGCGGCAAUCUGCGGCUUUCAGAGGAGGAGGACAUGCGCAAAGCUUUGGAAGAGAGUCAGAGGCUUUACGAGCUCUUCCACGCGGUGCCGGACGAAGAUGCGGCGCUCCAGGCCAUUCUUCACCCAGCCGACCUUCCGGAGACCUCCGCAGAAGAUGCGCAGCUUUGGGCGGCCAUCCAGGCCUCCUACGACGAGGGGCUCGAAGCUUUUGAGCUCGAGGCGAAGGCGGAGCUGCAGAAAGAGGACUUGCCUGAGGAGGGCCUGGAGGAAGCGCAGGCGUCCUUCUCGCUGCGGGCCUCGCUGCAAAAAUGCCAUGAGGCGCGGAAGAUCGGUCUCGCCGCUCUGGGAGUGGACCUGGACUUCGGCACCUUGUGGGCAGUGCUCUCAGAGCUCGACGACGACGUCUUGGGAGACUCUGAGGCGCUGAAGAUGUGGCUGGGCUACUUGCCAGAAGGCCUGCACGGUUUGGCUCAACGGCGGCUUAGAGGAAACGGGGAGAAGGGGCCUGCCUUUUCCGCGGUCCUCCCUGCAGGGCGUGGACCCCAGGACGGUCUCUUCCAUGGGAAGGGAACGUUGAUUUAUGCGGGCAACGAGCGCUACGAGGGGGAGUGGGUCUAUGGCAAGCGAGAAGGCCACGGUAGGUUCACCUAUGCAGAUGGAGCCAUUUUCGAGGGCCAGUGGCAAGAGGACAGGAUACAUGGCCAAGGGGUGGCCGUGUUCGCCUCAGGGAAUCGAUAUGAAGGGACCUGGGAGAACGGCCGCAUCCACGGACAUGGUACGCUGACCUAUUCCAACAAGGACCAGUAUGACGGAGAGUGGCACGACGGAAAGAUGCACGGACGAGGGACCUACAGGUAUGCAGAGGGUGACGUGUACCAGGGCGAGUGGCGGGACGACAAGCGUCACGGGAAGGGCGUUGUGACGUACGUUAGUGCUCGAGGCAGCGUCGUGGAGAAGUUCGAAGGUGACUGGGUCAACGGAAAGAUGCACGGCCACGGCAAGUACCAGUAUGCAGACGGCGGAGUCUACGAGGGGGACUGGCACGAUGGCAAGAUGCACGGCAAGGGAGUGUAUGUUUUCCCGAACGGGAACACCUACGACGGCGAGUGGUUGAAUGACAUGAAAGAAGGCUACGGCACGCUGACUUACCAGAACGGGGAGAAGUACGACGGCUUCUGGAAGGCGGACAAGGUGCACGGCAAAGGCACGUUGGUCUACACCUACGGGGACAAGUUCGUGGGCGACUGGGUGGAUGCCAAGAAGGAGGGUGAGGGUGAGCUCAUCUACUCCAACGGCGAUCGCUUCAAAGGCCAGUGGGCGGACGAUAGAGCGGCUGGCUUUGGAACCUUCCUGUACUCCAACGGCAACCGCUACGAGGGCCAGUGGCUAGAUGACAAGCGCCACGGCCGUGGCCUCUUCGCGUGCGCGGAGGAUGGCUCCGUCUACGACGGGGAGUUCGCCUUUGGCCGGAAAGACGGUCGCGGGCUGCUGAAGCUUCAGAGCGGCCAUGUCUUGAGCGGCCAAUGGAAGCAAGGCGAGCUGGCGCAGAUGGUGGACUUCGUCUUUGCAGCGGACUCGCCUUGGAAGAAUCCGGAUCUGUGA